AUGGCUGAGCACCUGGCUCCUAAAGGUGGAUCUUCUGGUCGUUGGCGCUCCCUCGCACCACCCGGGGGCAGCUCACUGACGCCGGUCAUGACCACAGUGCAAGCAGCAGGCUCCCUCGCACCACCCGGGGGCAGCUCACUGACGCCGGUCAUGACCACAGUGCAAGCAGCAGGAUGUGCCUUCCUGUCCGCAGGGAUACCCACCCACCACCCCAGGGUCUACAACAUCCACAGUCGAAAUGUCACCCGGUACCCUGCCAAUUCCAUCGUCGUCGUCGGCGGCUGCCCAGUCUGCAGAGUUGGGGUUCUGGAGGACUCCUUCACCUUCCUGGGCAUCUUACUGGCCAUCGUCUUGUUCCCCUUUGGGUUCAUCUGCUGUUUCGCCUUGAGGAAGCGAAGAUGUCCCAACUGUGGAGCCAACUUUACCUAAAGGGAACAGCACACCUGGCGCUCCUGCACCCCGCUGUCUUUUUCUAAUGUAAAUGUCGUGUACAAUAGCUUUACUCGAUUAAGCUUCAGGACCGUUUUGUAGGGAGGUGGGAUAGACUUGGCAUGUGCACGCCGGGUUCAUGGACGGGUCAUGAGUGGACAUGCGGCAGCACUGCUCCCAGGGUUAAUGACAACUCAGAAAAGCACUGCUUUUAUUUUUUGCAGUCUUCGGUUUGAGGAAGGUGAGGAAUUGUUUUAAAUAAAUGAGAUUCAUACCACUGUC